AUGGUUACGCGAGCAUCCAGUGUGCCCCACUUGAAUAGCAGUGGAGGCAGCAGUAAUGAAAGUGCCGCCGGCAGUGGUUCUAGUGGUCGCAAAAGUCGUCUGCCUAACUCUCGUACACGACGUACUGGCAAAAGUGUUACACCCACACAGGCGCGCAGUACGCCUGGCAGUAUGCCACGUUCACGUAGCCUUACCCAUGGUAUGCAACGUGUGGCUCCUCAGAAAUCCAGUAGCAGCUCCGGAGGUGUAGGCUCGAGGAAUACUCCAGUUUUUUUACGUUCUCGAGAGAAUGAAAUUGGCAGUGCAGAUACAUUAGAAAUAGUUGCCUCGAAAUCCACUGGCAGUGAACCCUCUACGCCGGAUGACAAUAUAAAUGUUGUGGUCAGAGUGCGGCCGCUUAAUGAGAAAGAGAAAAGAGACAGAUAUGGCAUGAUCCUUCAGUUUCCUGGAAAUGGUCAAAUCAUUAUUGAAAGUACGGAAGGAAGUAACAAAAGGUCGCGAAAUCAGGAAAAUGUUCACGUCUUUACCUAUAACGUGGUAUUUGAGCCAGGAGCAACCCAAGAGGAUAUUGUGGAUUAUUCAGGAAUAAAACGUAUAAUUGAAAUGGCAAUCGAAGGAUUUAGCUGUACUGCAUUUUGUUAUGGGCAAACUGGGUCGGGAAAAACACAUACGCUAACUGGGCCACCUGAUCUGUUCUUAGGAAAACCGAAUCCAAACGAUCCGCGCCACGGUCUCAUCUUCCGGUCGUUUUUGUACCUCUUCCAGUUGAUAAAAAAUCGAAAAGAUAUUAACUAUGUGUUGAAGGCGUCUUUUCUUGAGAUAUACAAUGAAAGAGUAAUUGAUUUAUUGAAUCCUGGAUCGGCGAGAAAGCCUUUGGCAGUUCGUUGGUCAAAGAAAUCUGGCGGUUUCUUUGUUGAAAACCUUUUUACAGUAGACUGUGAAGAGUUGGACGAUCUACUAGCAGUUCUGGAAGAAGGAAUGAGAAACCGUGCAGUGGGUUCCCAUGCUAUGAACGAUCACUCUUCACGCUCCCACACAAUGCUCACGGUGCAUAUUAUUUCGGAGCAACAAACAGAUGGCGGAGUAUUUAUUUCAAAGCAUGGAAAAAUUAAUUUUGUGGAUCUGGCUGGAAGUGAACUUACCAAGAAAACGCUUAGCGAAGGCAAAACACUGGAAGAGGCUAAUAAUAUUAAUAAGAGUUUGAUGGUUUUGGGCUAUUGCAUCGCCUCGUUGAGUGAUAAUAAGAAAAGAUUUGGUCAUAUACCAUAUAGAGAUAGUCAGUUAACCAAAUUACUAGCUGACAGUCUAGCUGGAAAUGGUGUCACAUUAAUGAUCGCAUGUGUUUCUCCAGCACAAUAUAAUCACGCAGAGACUUUAAACACAUUACGUUAUGCGUCAAGAGCCAAACGCAUUCGUACAAAGCCAGUUAUUAUGAUGGAUCCACGCGAAGCACUUAUACUUAGUUUAAAGCGUGAUAUAAAUGCGUUGCUUAUGGAAAAUGAUCAUCUCAAAGCUGCUCUUAAUCUACACCAUGAAACACUUCCGAACGGAAAUCACCAGAACGGAGAGCUUUUGGAAAUGCAUCUCGAACGUGUGGCUACCGGUGGUAUGGCAGUACCAAAAGUUGAUUUAGAACGUUUAGCCGAACUAGACGGCAGUGAAUUGGCCGAUUUGGUGAAGUUAUAUAUGCAGGAGAACGAGGCGUUGAGACAAGAGAACAAUCAUCUAUUUACAGUGCGUGAAACCAUACUUAGGGAUCAGGAAAUUGUAUGCCGCGAAAAUGAAAGACUUUUGAAGAAAUUAGAGGAUGUCAACAAGGUUUGUGUACGCUCACCUCUCAUACCCGCCCGUUCUGCUAUAACUGCCGAAUCUGGAAAUGGUACAGCUGGCUCUGAGAUUUGGAUGAAUCCUCAGGACGUACCCAUACAUGAGCGUCCUGCUGAGAUGGAAGGUCGGAUAUCUGAGAAUAAAGACAAACGUUCUGAUGAAGAUCAGCGCAAGAUCGAUCAACAACGGAUUGCAAAGAACAUUAUUAAUAUGGCAAGCUCUUUCCAAAAGAAACCCGACGAAGCAAAGACCAACAAUUGGGAAAAUGUUACCGAAAAGAAUGCGCCCGUAAUAGACAAACCUAACACAGCACAAAUAGAAUACAUGCCGGACAUGCUUAUGUAAAUACACCUGUAUACGUACAUACUUAGAGUACAAACGCAUACCUGAUAUUGCUCGGUCGAAUUCAGAGGCCUCGUACAUAACUAUUUUUGAAAAUGGAAUCGUUUGAGAAAUGGACUAAAUUAAAUGUGGACUUAGUGCAUAUACAUAAGUACAUCUAUAUUUGCUCGUAAGGAGAUAUUAUAGUAGCUUUAACUGAAAUAUUUGCGCAAACAAGAAGCCUAACUAUAAUUAAUCAAAUUGUUAUUGGAAUAUUUCAGCUGAAUUGAAUAAAUAUUAAGCUUUGCUCAACGUGCGUAGAAAAACACUAAAUGAAUACUUCAGCUGCUGAGGGAUGAAAUUAUUUGGACAUAGACCUACACUAUCAAGUAUACCGUCGAAAACUGAACUACUUGCAUAUAUUCUGAUAAUAUGAUCUGCCUGCGCAACGGUGUUUUACAAUUUACCUUCGAUAAGAACUACAAGCAGCCUUUAGCAGCUAUUGUUUGGAGGGGUUCGGACCAAAGGCGUGUAAGGAUGUGAUUAAAGUCGUGCGGGGACUCGUUACACACUGGACUUACGCUGGGUGUGUUGGCGUCGUAUCUGGAUAGGUGGGAGUUUAUCCUGCUACAGUACACAGAUCUAAGUUGCGCCAAUAUUACGCGCGGCUCUUAAGACAGCUCGAUCCCUUCUUCUGCUUUGAGUGGUAGUUUGACUCCGAAGACGCAAUUCACAGAGAGAGUUCUUGAAGGUGUUGACUGACUCUUGGUGAAUGGAGUUUAGUGCCUGUCUGAACCUGUGCUCCCAUCGGUGGCAUUCCAACGUAAAUUGCUUGCACAGCGCGUCAUUUAAUUCUUUUCUUCUCUGCCAGCACAUCUUAUUAUUUCCGCCAGCAUCAAAUUGAAGAAAUCACUGUUGCUUUUUAGUGGGUUAGAUAUAGCGGCGUAAAGGAGCUCCUCAUAUCUUUUCAUCGAAUUUUCGAGCGCUUCCCUUGUUGACCAGUUUCUCAAGUCCUUCAUACUCAUGCAUUUCAAACUUUUUUCUUUGAAAAUACGUCUUGAAUUUUCCUUUAACUCUAGGUAUCUAUCCCAUCCCGCACUUGUUGUUGUUUACGAUCGCAAGGGUGCGAGAUAGGCAGCCUGUUUUCUCUAAACCGCAAUAAUUCUGAUCGGACAUUUUUUAUCGUAUCAGCUCUUUCUGUUAAUGCCGAAAACCAGUUGUGUCCGUUGCGAAGGUAUGUAAGGAGUUUGAGAUGAUUUUCCACAGUUCCCUUAUAUAGAGUUACUGAUGAGUGCUAUCGGAAAGUGGUGGGCAAGACAGGUAGAAACCCAUGUGGAUAUUUUUUGUGAUUGCCACUUUUCGAUGUCGAACGCUCAUUUAAUCCAGAACACUGGAGAUAAAUCGUCCGUAUAUUACAACAUUGCCAAUAUGGUUUUGAGUUAGUGAACUAUAAAAAGGCAGAUAGCUGGAUAAAUUUUAUUUUAUUUUCUAGUAUAGGUAAUUUUUUUGUCCAAGACAAUUGGUAAUAAUAAUGUUGUCGGGUUUAGUUCAAAGGAAGAUUCAGAAGCUUAUAAUAGAAUAUCUAUACCUUACAACUCUUCACUAUGGGCAUACUCAUAUAUAUAUAUAAUUACAACUUUGCGAGCCCUAGAAUAUGUACUCGAUUGAAUUGAAAGAUGGUACGGGAUUCGAGAUAUUGUCCGAUUUUCACUGCAAGUCGUGUGCCUUUGCAGAGUUUCGGCUGAUUAAUAUUGCGUAGCAUUUUGUUGGAUACAGGAUUUUCAAUUUAAUAUGUGUAAAUCCAAAGAAUUCAAAAAUUAUUUGGGAUAGACUGCCUCGUCUGCUUACACAACGUUAUCUAUUGACUUAUUUGUGACGGAUUCGCUUAGAGUGUUUGUUUUGAAUAUUUCUUCUGCUUUUGAUUUCGAGUAAUUGUCGUGAAAAUAUUAUCGACAAUAAUAUAUAAUAUAAUAAGUGUUUGCGUAUAUCGCCACAACAUUGAGUAUUUUAGGCAAGCGUCUAUCCUACUACAAUAUCCAGACCUAAGUUACGCCAGUAUUACGCAGGACUCUAUAGACUGUACGAGCAUUUCGUCGGCUAUGGUCUUGACUCCAAGAACGCCAUUCACAGGGGAGAGUUCUUAAAAGGUGUUACACAUAUUGAUGAAUGCAGUUCUUAAGAUCAAAUACCUCUUCCAAUGCUUGCCAUCGAUUACAUCGCCGCAGUUAGUUCUGUGACGUUGCUUCUUUGGCUUAAAUUAUAAUUAACGCUAUGUUAAAUGCUUAUUUCCCCAAAAAUCAAGGAACUUUCAAGUCAAAAAAACACUGAAGGGGUGCCAAUGCCUGUUGAGGGACGACCGCUUCAGGCGAAUUUGAAUUUUUCAUCAGUUAUCUAAUUACUCAUGUUAUAAGCGUGUGUUUAAUGCGGCUAUAUUUUCCACAGCAGCUUACCGAAUAGCGUUCGAUUUCGUUGGUUUUGUUUGCGUUCAAGAUAGUGAUCGAUAUCAAUUCUCUUAUCAGGAAGACUAGGUAUAUUUC